AUCCUCGUGUUACAUAACAGUAUGCAAAUUUCCCAUAGGGCAACAAGGGAUACUCAUACUCUCAUACUCAUGGUCAUGGUCUAUCUAAUUAAACAAUGUAACCUCAGCUCAUGACAUGCCACUGUGUCUAGCUCUUCAGCUAUUCCCAGUUUAGUUUUAAGUGUUAUUUUUAUAUGUUCAAUUUUACUUGCAAACAACUAGAAGUUUUCUUGUGAAUGUAGAAUCUUUCAACCUACAAAAUCCAUUGGGAAUGAGUGCUGAAGAAAGAACUUUACAGUAUCUGUAGACGGGCAAGUGACCUUACAGGAAGCUUCCACCAUGGAUAUGAGCGCCUGGAUCGUUCUCUCGCUCAUCAACAAAUUGAAAUUGGAACGGACGAUGGAGAGUUCAUUCACUGCUUCGGUUACCAACACUGCACCAUUCGAUUAUGGAUCUACUGGAUAUCAUCCGUCCUGUUCAUUGGAACACCAACCAUGCUUCUGGCAUGGUAUCCUCAGUUUGCAGCAAUACGCUACAAGCCGUGCAGUCUUGACAGUGCAACGAUUGUGCUAAUAAGAGAUUCUAAUGGUCUUUGUUCACUGCAUGAAGUACAGCUAAUUUCUCAUCUACAACCAAAUUCUGCAAUUGUGGAACACACAAGAACCUUUUCCCAUAGACUUCUCCAGUUUGUUUGGAUGUCAGGCAAGGGGUUCCAGAGAUUAAGAGGCCUUUCAAAUGGACAAAUGACACUUGCCUCUCUUUUAGAUUCUGCUCAAGGACUCUCCAAACAAGAACAGGAUGAUCUCCAGGAACUUUAUGGUCCAAAUCAUAUGGAAGUGGAAGUGAAGUCCUAUUGGAAACUGUUUGUGAGCGAAGUGUUCAACCCUUUCUAUUUAUUCCAAGCCUUUAGUAUUGUCCUUUGGUCAGCUGAUGAGUACUAUUACUAUGCUGCUUGUGUGCUAUUUCUUACUGCAGUUUCAGUUAUAGCAUCACUUUUUCAAACAAAAAAGCAAAGUUUGGCUUUACGAAACCUUGUUGAAGCAUCAAAUUGUUGUCGUGUCAUGGUUUGUCGCAGAGGUGGAGAGUGUGAAGAAGUGGCAGCAUCAUGCUUAGUCCCAGGGGAUGUCAUUUUAGUACCCUCUGAUGGGUGCGUGAUGCCAUGUGAUGCAAUGAUGCUUGCUGGAACAUGUAUUGUAAAUGAAAGCAUGCUGACAGGAGAAAGUGCGCCUGUUACAAAAUCAUCACCCCCACAUAGUGAUGAAAUAUAUGAUCCGCACAUACAUCGUCGCCACACACUCUUCUGUGGCACUCAAGUUAUUCAGACAAGAUACUAUGGCAACCAUCAGGUCUCAGCUUUAGUCAUUCGCACAGGCUUUUCUACGUCAAAAGGGGAAUUACUUCGUUCAGUCAUGUUCCCAAAGCCAAUGGGGUUCCGCUUCUAUGAAGAUUCAUUAAAAUUCGUCACAUUUCUAUUUUUUGUUGCGGCAUUUGGCAUGUCGUACUGCGUAUACCUAUAUGUUCAACGUGAGGCAAGCUCUGAGACAAUUACUUUAAGAACUUUGGACAUUAUUACAAUUGUUGUGCCUCCAGCAUUGCCAGCUGCUAUGACUGCGGGAACAGUGUUCUCUCAAUCUAGGCUCAAGAAGAAGGGCAUAUUCUGUAUAUCACCCCCUCGCAUUAAUGUGUGUGGGAAAAUCAAAAUGAUAUGCUUUGACAAGACAGGGACUUUGACUGAAGAUGGCUUAAACUUUUGGGCUGUGCUUCCUAUAAAGGAUCAACAGUUUUCACCACAACCUGUAUGGAAUCCAUCAAAUGACCUUCCUACAAAGUCUCACCUUCUUGUUGCUAUGGCAUGUUGUCAUGCCCUGACCAGAAUUCACAAUGAAUUGUGUGGUGAUCCUCUUGAUCUCAGUAUGUUUGAGGCAACUCAGUGGGAACUGGAAGAACCUGGUGGAGAUGAUACAACCCGAUAUGACAUGCUUGCACCUACUGUAGUUCGUCCCCGUUCUAAAAACUCUCCUUCAGUGUCCUUGGAACAGAGCAUACCAAAUGAUGACGAUGUUUGGAAUAUUGAUGAUGAAUUCAAUAUACCUUAUGAAGUCGGUAUAAUGCGUCAGUUUCCAUUUAGCUCCACAGUACAGUGCAUGUCUGUUGUGGUAAGAACGCUUGGAGCGCAUAACAUGGCUAUGUACACAAAGGGAGCCCCUGAAAAAAUAGUAAACAUCUGUCUUCCAGAAACUGUUCCAGAAAAUUUUUCUCAAGUUCUGUCAGAGUUUACAUCAUCUGGCUACAGAGUAAUAGCUCUGGCUCACAAACCAUUAGAAUCCAAACUCACUUGGCCAAAAGUUCAACGUGUAAAAAGAGAACAAAUAGAGAAAGACAUGCAUUUAGUGGGUUUGCUUAUAAUGCAAAAUUCCCUCAAACCUGAGACAACACCAGUCAUUCAUCAACUUCAAUCUGCAAAUAUUCGAACGGUUAUGAUUACAGGAGACAACUUAAUGACAGCUGUAAGCGUCUCACGAGACUGUGGUAUGAUAUCCCGAAUUGAAUCUGUACUAAUUUUGUCUGCCUCUGCCCCUGAUCCCGGAAGAAAUGGGAAUGUGUCUCUUCAAUGUCUACAUGGUGAUCCUCCUCCUAUUGAGGUGCUCUGGUCGAGUGGUGGAGCUGCAACAUUCCAUUUAGCAUUAGACGGCCGAACAUGGGCUGUUAUCCGAACUCAUUUUCCUGAAUUGUUACCGACGGUCAUAACUCAGGGGACAGUAUUUGCUCGUAUGGCACCAGAUCAAAAGACACAACUUGUGGAGCAGUUGAUGGCAAUGGACUAUGUUGUGGCUAUGUGUGGAGAUGGUGCAAAUGAUGUUGGGGCUUUAAAAGCAGCUCAUAUUGGAGUUUCUUUAUCAGAAGCAGAAGCAUCGGUAGCUGCACCUUUCACUUCAAGGGAAGUUAAUAUAAAUUGUGUUCUUCACCUAAUUAGAGAAGGUCGCUGUGCUCUUACAACAAGCUUUGAAACUUUUAAGUACAUGGCAAUGUACUCCCUUAUUCAAUUCAUCACCGUACUCAUCCUUUACACAGAGGGUGCAGCGCUGAGUAAUUUGGAAUUUUUAUUUGUGGAUCUUGGUAUAACCACAACUUUGGCAGUUACUCUUGGGCGCACUGGUCCUGCUCCUGGGUUGACUCAUCGACGACCUGUUGGUAGUCUUGUGUCACUUAGCAAUCUGGUGCCUCUCGGUUUACAAGUGGUGCUUUGCUUCUUUGUGCAAUGGAGCGCUUUAAAACUUCUACAAACUCAAUCAUGGUAUGAGCAUGUUGUACCAACUGAGAAUGAUGAUGAUGAAGGUGUUGUUGUGUGUUGGGAGAAUACGGCAGUGUACUGUGUAAGCUGCUUUCAGUACCUUGUCCUGGCUGCUGUUUAUUCCAAAGGAGCACCAUUCAGACAACCAUUUUAUACCAAUUUGGCACUGAUAGGGAUGCUGGCUGUGCUGACGGUUUUCUCCACAUUGCUCCUUGUCUACCCGUUUGAGCCUUUAGCUGGACUUAUGGAAUUUGUGCCACUGGACUUCAGUGGAACUCAAACAGGAAAAAUGAAAAACUGGUUUAGGGUGUGGCUAAUAUUCCUCCCACUAUUUCACCUUGCUGGAUCAGCUACCAUAGAGAACUUUGUUGCUGAAACCCGGUGGCUGAAAGUUGUUCUUCACUGGAUCUCAAGGAAACGAAGUAAGAAAAAUAAAUAUAAAAAAGUUGACCAUAUUACUUCUCUUGCAACAUACUGGCCGACGUCUCAAGGAUUACCUCUCAAAUCUCAUGUUGAGAUCAAUCUACCAGCAAAGGAAACAUUCCUGUGAGCUGAAAUAAAAAGCAGAGAAAGGAAAUAAAUAAUCAUGGCUAGUGAGUUAUAAAAACCAAUGGUGUUUGCAAAUAAUUGCAAUUUUGAUGGUACCAAAGCCAUGUAAAAAUGUAGGAAUUUUUUUACAUUAUGUGCAGAGAUAUGUUUAUACAUUGUGUUCCUAUAAUGUAUGAUAAAAUUAUCAUAUAAUCUUUCUACAGGGUUCUUUUUAGAUAUCGUACAUACUCAAUGUUUGUAACACUUGUUUCCCUUCCAUAUCUGAUGAACAGUCUCCUGUAGAGAACAAGGCACAUCAAAAUAUAAGUAUAUUUACAUUUUAUGAGAUAUGCUACACAUAUUGAAAUUACAUAUCUUAUUAUUUUGAUAUAUUGUCUGUGAAAAAAAUUGCCAAAAAUAAUUUGCACCCUUGUGAAUUACUAAUUUAUUUAGAUUUGUGGAAUCAAAGAAAUUUGAAUCAAUUAAGUGUUUGUCUUCCCUGUAGGUUUAAUGUUCAUUCAUCCAUGUCAUUUGGAUUCAAUAAUUUUGUAUUAUUUACAAACAAUUCCUGUGAUAUUAGUGGGGGCUUGGCAUCAUGAAUUAUUAUAGUAUUGUUCUUUUAAAUGUCUCCAAAGGUUUUGCUUUUAUUGCUUUUUUAGUUGUAGUUAAUUACCUCUGAUUGUGGUCAUCAAGUAGAAUAAUGGAAUCUAAGGUCACAAUUUUUGAUUAUGUGCUUAAUGAGACAGGCAUGACAAUCUUGGUUGGGCAUGAGCUCUGACCUGUUAAGAAAACUGUAAAUUAUUUUUAAUGUUGUUAUUGCAGAUAUUAAACAAUAACGGCUGUACAUCAUAAUGAAUUUUGUAGAAUCUUUAGCAGUGUACACCUUCUUGCUUUGCACUGGGGUUGCCAACAAAAUUUGUUUUGUUCUUUGAAAUGAUGACUUUGUAAACUGUGUUGCAUUGAAGGCUCUGGUUUAAUUGCAUCUGCGUAAAACUCACGUUGCUAGAAGCACGGUGACGUGCUCGAGUGAGCGAGCUCCUGCAGAUGCGAGGUAGGCAACCGGGCAGAACUUUCGUGCUUUACGGAAUGGUCCACUAAGAAAGCGAUCGAUCGUACUACACCCUGCCAUCAAUCCACGAGCACUUUUGUGGCCCUCUUAGAAAAUGCGUACCUUUACUUUUGACCGCUAUAAUUUGGGCCACCAGUCAUCAGCUCCGUAUGCCAAAGCAUGGGGUGUAUUACACUUGCGGCCAAUGUACUUUUUCAGUGGCGUUCGUGAACAAUAGACCUCAUCAGGCAUGCUAAAGACCAAAACGUUUGUUAAAACACACUAACAUGGUAAUUUUACAAAGUUGCAAUAAACUGAUGAUAUUGUAAUAAUCUGAUAGCCAUUGUUUGGAAACCUUUUAAAAAAUUAAAAAUUAAGCUAUUUUUUCUAAAUUUUGUAAGACACGUCUGUGAGGCAUAGAAAAGGAUUUGGAAAAUAUAUAUUCUGUACUUUAA